AUGGACUCCAUCGUUGCUCAGAUCCAUGCUAUGGCCCAAAACACCGAUGAAGCUGGUCGGUUGAACAUCAUUCGGGCACUCAAACAAGUGAAGGUUGAACUUCAAUCUCCGCACGAUACGCUCUUGGAGUGUGCAGUACCGGGACUAACGAGUGCGAUGCUCCGAACCAGUGCAGACCUAGGGCUCCUUCGCUAUCUCAUAAAAAGUGAUAAACCCUUGACUGUCACUCAACUUGCGGAUCUGACUGGAGCGUCUCCUCCAUUCCUAGAGAGAAUCCUUCGUUACCUAGCUGGAGUGGACAUGAUUGAAGAGACAGGAGUCAAUCAGUACACUGCAAGCAGCAUCACUCAUGUUUUGGCUGACCCCAAGGGCGAGGCUAUGAUAUACCACGGAUUUGAUACGAUUGGGCCUGUCAUGCAAGCAAUGCCUGAAUACUUUGCUGAAAACAACUAUCAAGAUGUCACCAUCAAUACCAACACCCCAUUCCAGAAAGCCCACAAUACUAAACUCACCUCAUUCGAGUGGCUUGUCCGGAACCCCAAGCACUUCGGAAACCUGCAAAAGAUCAUGACUGCACUUCAAGGAUCAGAAUGGACCGAGGGAUUCAAACUGUUUGAUGAUGAAGCCCGUAAGAUUUCAUUCAAGGAUUCAUCCACCCCAUCGGCUUCGGAGAAACCCUUCUUCGUCGAUGUUGGUGGCGGCCAUGGCCAUCAAUGUAUCGAGCUUGGAAAGAAGUAUCCAAAUCUCCUCGGUUACCUUGUUCUCCAGGACUUGCCAGAAGCAGUGAAAAAUCUCGCUCCCAUUUAUGGUGUGAAGGCUGAAGCUUAUGACUUUUUCCAACCGCAGCCUAUCAUUGGCGCCAAGUUCUACUAUCUCCGUAGAAUCAUGCACGAUUGGCCCGACGACAAAGCCGCAACGAUACUCCGCAACAUUCAUGCCGCCAUGGGCCCCGACUCACGGGUCUUGAUCGAUGAAGCCGUCUUGCCGGAUACUGGUGCUAACUGGCAGUCGGCCGUGGCCGAUCUUGCCAUGAUGACCUUUGCUGGUAAAGAGCGGACCAAGCACCAGUGGGAGGCACUUGCGGAAAGUGCGGGCUUGCGUGUCGAACAGGUUCAUAAUUAUGUUGCUGCAACUUAUACAGCUGUUCUUGUUUUGGUCGCCCAGUGA